CUCAAACCAUUCCUAUUAACCUAUAGAAGUCUUCUUUUCCGAAUUUAUGGGUUGUAAUUCCACCCUUAAGCUUGUGUUGAUAUGGAUUCAGAAGCGCCAUACUAUUUACAUGGUGUCUUAGAAAGUCUCGCGAAGAUGAUUGGCUUAUUCUAAUCUAGGAUAGCCUUGCGCUCAGCCUGGUGCUCUUCUACAACAUCAUGCUGGCUUCAUCUAACGCUACAUCUUCUCAGUAAGGAAUAAUUCAUCAUCUCUGCUUCUAAUUGUCUAGAAAAAUUAUCAUGCAACAAUGGCAUCCCCCAAACGCUCUCACAAGGACUACUCGGUUGCGUGGGUCUGUGCCUUGCCGUUGGAAAUGGCGACUGCGAAGGCCAUGCUGGACGAGACUCAUUCUCCUCUGCCCCAGCCACCGACCGAUCACAACACGUAUACUCUCGGCAGCCUGAAUGGCCAUGCGAUGGUGAUGGCCUGCCUCCCAUACGGCGUGUACGGCACGACUGCUGCAGCCACUGUACUGGCGGAGAUGCGAGCAACGUUUCCAUGUCUUCAAUUUGGGUUGAUGGUCGGUAUCGGAGGUGGGGUACCCAGCAAGCAUGCCGAUAUUCGACUUGGCGAUGUGGUGGUAAGCAAACCGUCUGAUAUCUUUGGUGGUGUGAUACAGUACGACUACGGCAAGACCAUUCAUGGCGGACGGAUUGUGCGGACUGGGUCGCUUAACAAACCACACCCGAUCUUAUUAACUGCUAUAGCGCAGGUUGAGAGCAACCGUAUAUUGGGAAAGAAAACAAUAACAAGCAUUGUACAUGACGUAUUGAAUACUGAUAAGGAAAUUCAAAACAGAUUUCGUCAACCCGAGAAUGACUGGCUUUUUCUUGCAACAUAUUGCCAUGAAGGCAGCGACUCCGAAUGUGAAGCAUGCGAUCGGAAUCAGUUAAUACUGCGUGCAGCCAGAGCUAUUGACGGUCCUGACAUUCAUUACGGUUUGAUUGCAUCCGGAAAUCAAGUUAUGAAGGAUGGGCAGACACGAGAUCGGAUUGCAGCAAUGGAAGGGAUCCUUUGCUUUGAGAUGGAGGCCGCAGGGCUGAUGGAUCAGCUUCCCUGCCUGGUCAUCCGAGGGAUUUGUGAUUACUGCGAUUCUCAUAAAAACAAGCAAUGGCAAGGCUAUGCCGCUUUAACGGCUGCGGCAUAUGCUCGAAAUCUUUUAUCUGUUAUUCCCAUCAAUGCGUCGAAUGGUGAUGUGGAAGCUAGGAAACGACUUUGGAUGGUUCCAUUUCCACGGAAUCCUCGUUUUGUGGGCCGUCACGAUGAGAUCACUAGACUACAGAAUCUCAUUUCGAUGUCUAGUGGACCCAUGAAAAUCGCUCUUACGGGAUUAGGAGGCGCAGGCAAAACUCAGAUUGCAUUAGAGCUUGCAUACCGAAUGAGACAUCGAGACCACCAGUGUUCAGUCUUUUGGAUCUCGUCAGUGAGCCCAGAGAGCGUGGAACAGGCAUAUAUAAGGAUUGCUCAACACCUCAGGCUGCGAGAUGUCGGCCAAGCAGAUGUCAAAGUGCGAGUGAAGUCAUAUUUAAGCCAUGAGACAGCGGGGCGGUGGCUUCUUAUCUGUGAUAAUGCAGACGACAUGGAAAUGUGGGUCUCCCGAAAUCGUAUUACCCCAUCUCUGAACGAAUAUCUUCCACAAAGUGACCAUGGCUGCCUUCUCUUUACCACGCGAAAUCGAAAGCUAGCCCAGAGAUUAGCACCAUCCCAUAUUAUCUCUCUCCCUGAGAUCGAUGAACCAACCGCCAAGGAACUUCUUAAGAAAUCACUGUUUCGAUCAGAUCUUCUUAAUGAACCCACUAUAACUACCACUCUUCUUCAGCAGCUAACAUUUCUUCCGCUGGCCAUCACGCAGGCAGCAGCAUAUAUCAACGCCAAUGACAUUGGAAUUGCUGACUACGUGGGAAUCCUUCAGGAACAAGAGCAUGAUAUCAUUGAGCUCUUAAGCGAAGACUUUGAAGAUGAAGGACGCUAUGUGGAAACUCAAAAUCCAGUCGCUACCACGUGGUUAGUCUCUUUUAACCAGAUCCAGCGCUUAAACUCGCUAGCAGCAGAGUAUCUAUCAUUCAUGGCUUGCAUCGAUCCACGUAAUAUUCCACUAUCGCUUCUUCCUCAAGCAGCAUCUCAAAAAAAGAAAAUUGAUGCACUUGGUCUUCUGAAAGCAUAUAACUUUACGACUAUGCACAAAGACGGCUUGCUAAGUCUUCACCAGCUGGUCCAUCUCGCCACUCGCAAUUGGAUGAGACAAAAUAAUCUACUUUAUCCUUCCGCAUGCAAAACAGCAGAUCGCUUUAAAGAGGUUUUCCCUGAUAAUAAUCAUAAAAAUCGAUCUUUAUGGCGUGAAUAUCUUCCCCACGCUCUAUUUCUUAUAGGGAAACAUAGUUUCAAUGAUGAUAAGAGUUGUUACGUGCACUUACUAGAAAGGAUUGGAGGCUGUCUUGAUAGUGAUGGGAGAUAUAACGAAGCUGAGAUCUUCUUUCGUGAUGCGUUGCACGUCCAGCAAAAAAGGUAUGACAGAAACCAUCCCAACACGCUGAGCAGCAUAGGCAACCUGGCCUCGAUAUACCAGAAGCAAGGCCGAUGGAAUGAGGCCGAGGAGUUGGAGGUGCAAGUAUUAAAGACAUGUAAGACAGUGCUGGGCAUAGAACAUCCCGACACAUUGAGUAGCAUGGGCAAUCUGGCCACAAUAUACUAUCAGCAAGGUCGAUGGGAGGAGGCCGAGGAGUUGCAGAUGCAAGCAUUGGAAAGGAAAAAGACAGUGCUAGGCACAGAACAUCCCAACACGCUGAGCAGUAUGGGUAAUCUGGCCUCGAUAUACCGGAAGCAAGGCCGAUGGAAGGAGGCCGAGGAGUUGGGGAUGCAAGUCUUAAAGACAAGAAAGAUAGCGUUGGGAAUAGAACAUCCCGACACACUGAGCAGCAUGAGCAACCUGGCCUCGAUAUACCGGAAGCAAGGCCGAUGGAAGGAAGCUGAGAAGUUGGAGGUGCAAGUAUUAAUGACGUGUGAGACAGUGCUAGGCAUAGAACAUCCCGACACACUGAGCAGCAUGGGCAACCUGGCCUCGAUAUACUACAGGCAAGGUCAAUGGAAGGUGGCCGAGGAGCUAUACAUGCAAGAAUUGGAGACGAGCAAGACAGUGUUAGGCAUAGACCAUCCCAACACACUGACCAGCAUGGGAAACCUGGCUACAAUAUACUAUCAGCAAGGCCGAUGGGAGGAGGCCGAGGAGUUGCAGAUGCAAGCACUGGAAACGAAAAAGACAGUGCUAGGCACAGAGCAUCCCGACACACUGAGCAGCAUCUCUAACCUGGCCUCAAUAUACAGAAUGCAAGGCCAAUGGAAGGCGGCCGAGGAGCUAUACAUGCAAGUGUUGGAGAUGAGAAAGACAGUGCUAGGCACGGAACAUCCCAAGACACUGAACAGCAUGGCUAAUUUGGCCUUGACUUGGAAGGAUUUAGGCAAGCGUCAAGAUGCUGCUGCUUUAAUGAAAUCUUGUGUCCAAUUACGCAUGAAGCGCUUGGGGCCUAACCAUCCAGACACCAUCUCGUCAAAAAUAAUUCUCAGCAAGUGGCAAGCAGUUGAUACCACUUUAUCCAACAGCUCUUCAGAAAUCGUUAGUCGGCUAGAAAGUCAAAGUCCUCUAAUAAGUAUUCAGACAGAAGCACGAUCGCCAAGUCAAUCCAAUAAUCCAGUUGCUAGCAGCAACCCGCUGCUAAGAUCAAUACUUAUCAGACGUAGGAAAGGCGGAAUUUUUACAAGAAUUCUCGGCAAAAUGUGAUGGUACAUUACUAGGUAGUAACUUCAGCAGAUAACGGAGUGGCAUCCUCGGGGCAAUUGACAACAUUUCCUUCAACAUAGCUGAUCAACACUAUUACUGUAUAUACAAAUGAGGUGUUUCCAGAAGACGAUAACUAAGAUCCUUAAUCAUCA